AUUCUGCGCUUUACAAUAUGGCAGCAACACUGAGAAGGACGUUUCGCUAUCCAGGCGAUGAUGAUGAAUCCCAUUAUAGUGAAACUAGAGAAGAACUAGAUGAGCAAGAACAGGAAGACAUCAUCAAGAACCUAACUCAAAAGAAUGAGACAGAUAACAGGUUCUACCAUACAGUAUUCACUGUUGUACCUCUCAUUGCUAUAAUCGCCUACAUCCCUGGACUAUUCUCAUCACUGUCGACGGCUGGUCAGAGAUUGAUCUAUUUAUCAUGCAUAAGCUCUUUCCUGGCCACCGCAUAUAUAAUGGAAAGCAGUACCUUUUCCAGAGAUGGUACAGUGAUGACGGACCUAAGUAGAUGGCUAUCGAAUGCCCCGAGUGAGGCACACAAGAAGAACCUUAUUAUUGCCAAUUCUGCACUCUGUGCUCUACUUGCUCUGGGAUCGUUGUAUACGGCAGAUACCGUGUUGUAUCUGCUUCCGGGUAUUCUCCUAGCCAUAACAUCCUUGGCUAGACGAGUCAUCACCGAAGUCGAUGUUGGUGAACUUGAAAAGCUCCGCUACGAAUAUAAAGGGGCCUGAUAGAGGUUGAAGCCAAAAGAGAUCGACGAGUUACUAUUACCGAUGUACGAAACAAUGAUCAUAUCUAAUGCCUGGUAAUAGUCUUAAAUUCGGAACGUGGGUUGUCAUUUUU